UCCGCGAAAUCCGAUCCGCAGUGAACCAACUGUCAAAUAAGUGAAAAAUACAAAAAAGAUUGCCUCCAAAGUGGGUUGUUCCUUAGGAGUUUUUGCAAGAUUUGUCGCAAAAUAUCGCAAUUUUCUCCCGAAAUGAUGCGUCCCGGCGGACACUAGAGGCUUGGCCAUACGGAGCAGGUGAUUUGGUAACGAAGGACGGUAAGAUUUUACGGUUUAGAGGAAAAGUUUGUUGCGCGGGAGUUGGUGUUUACGUUUUUGUUCUGCGUUCCGGAAGGGCAACGGAUCUUUUCCUAAAGAGAUCCCAAACAGUCCAGCAAUGGAUAAUUGCCAUAACUAUGCCACGACGUCGAAAAAGAGACGAAUUCCCAUAUCGGACGACAUUCACAUUAUAAUCAAGAAGUUCCGGGAUAAGGACAAACACGAUGAAAAGCCCUCGACAUCAGGAGAUCAUGACUACGACGACGAGCACAGCAUGGAUUCGGAGGAGCUGAGGCGGGUUCGGCAGCAGGAGCCUUCAUCUUCGUGUGUGGCGGCGAGCACAUCGUCCAGCAAUAGCAACAGUGGGACAAUGAACAAUGUCAUGGGCACGAUAAUGGCCGGUGGCACUGGAAUUACCAUAGGGACGGGUGGAAUUGCAAUCCAGCAACAGCAGCAACAACCCGUUUCGUCACAGUCCGACGAUAUCAAGCUGAUACUGAAGAAGCUGACCAACAUCGAGGAACUGCUAAAGGUGGUCGCAGAGCAGAGCUUCAAUCGGUUAGCUGCGUUGAAACAGGAAGCGACAGGAGCGACCACUGUUGUCCCGACAACGGCCGCCAAUUUGGGCCUGCUGGCCGAACCGAACUGCAUCAGUAUGGAGGCCAACUUCAAGUUUCCGCUGAGGACACUGAAGGAGCUGAUCGAGCUGAACAAGGGCAUCUGCAGCGACGAGAGUCUGUACAACAAGCUGUUCGAGUAUCUGACCAAGAUAAAGCUGGAAUGUGAUGAAAAUAUCGUGAUGAACGCGCUGGCGAUGAUCGUCAGCGACGAGGUGCUCGACGCGGUCACGUGGGACGGCGGCAAGAAGUUCAAGCUGUCCUCGCUGGUGAUCUUCAGCGAUUCGUUGUACGUUGCCUGGUUCAAGGAUCGGCUCAAGUACGAUGAGUACGUGGCCGAGAUGAAGGACGCCAUCGACAAGUCCCACAAGCGGUUCGCCAAAAUGAAAACGAAAAAGAUAUCUCAACAACAGCAACAGCACCAAACACUGACACUGACGACGGCCACGGGGGCCACCGUUGCCAGCGAUGGUCAGAUCUUCCUAUCGUAGUUCGUUGAUCUCCUCCGCUUAAGCCAGCACAGGUAUGUCAAGUUUAUCAUCAUUCAUUUGCUAAUCCAGUCCCCCUAUCUAGCUGUUUCCUGUAUUGCAACUUUUAAUGCACCCCCUCUUUCUGUUAGAAAACUUUGUUCGGUACAUAUGAUUAGGUUUGUUUUAACGUGACACAUUAGGAAUCGAUACCUAAAAAAAGAGAUUAUAAUAAGAUUGAUCUUCAUUAUGGCACAGGUACAACCCCCCCAAAAGAGCAUGUUUUAGUCCGAGAAAGUCAAAAGAGAAGAUGAUUACUUUUAUAGUAGCCAUGAGUGUGAUCAAUAAUAGAAAAAAAAGUUUCGCAAACACAAUUAAAAAAACUGAUUCACAAAUAAAGAACAAAUAUUACGUCCACCGUCUUCCGAUAA